CUAAAGGCGCAACAGGAUGGUAAUUUGCCGCUGCAAUGGAGCCUCAUGUCGGCUGCCGCCAGACACGUCCUGGCCUUAGGUUAUCACCGAAGAGGGAAGCUGGCAGCGUUACCGACCCAAGAGGCGCGGCGAGCACGACGACUCUUCUGGCACGUAUACUUCGCCGACCGGAGACUGACCCUUACGCAAGGGAAAGCUCCGGUCAUACAAGACAUUGACGUCGACGUCGAACCUUUCGAAAUCAUUCAGACACCCGAGAGAAAACCCUGGGACACCUCGUUCUCUGCCUUUAUCGAGUUCGGAAGAAUACAAUGCAAGAUCUACGAAAAGCUUUACUCUCCGGCAGCAUCUCGGUCAACGGACGAGGAGAGGCGGGCCGUGGCAGCUCAUCUUGCAAAGUGUUUGUCAACGUGGUACGAAUCAUGGCGCAGCGUCGACUAUACCCUUGCGUAUCGAAUAGAACUGUUUCAAUUCACAUUUGAUGCGCUCGAGGUUGUCUAUUGUUCCAGCUUAACGCUCAUACAUCGCGGGGUAAGCAGCUCAAAUGCAGCCAGCGCCAUCACGGAGGAAUGCUUCGAGGCGGCCAGAAAAGGCUUGACUGCCCAUACCACAGCGUACCCUCGGUCCGCAUCAGGAGAAUACGCUUCUCUAUUCACAUACGCCGUUUGGACACAGCUCUACUCCUCCUACACGCCAUACAUCAUCAUCUUUCUCCACUGCAUCGGGAACUCGGACGCCCAAGAUCUGAACCUACUACGCUCCUCCCUUGAGAUCAGCGAGCGCCUCAGCGGAUUGGUGGAAUCCUGCAAGAAGCAAUACGAGUUAUGCCGGGCGCUGUACCGCAUCGCAGAGGCUUACAUCAAGGCGAAGAAGGGGGUCGCAUGCACAGCCGUGCCAGCAGAGACCACCAUCACCCUACCCCUGCAACAACCUACUACGGAUAGCUGGCCCUGCUUCGAGUCGAAUCUGGAAGCGAACGCAUUUCCGGACCUCCACGUGGAUGACUGGAAUGGCUCUUACAUGGGGCAGAUGUCAUUUACUUUGGAGAACCACCUGGGAAAGGGCGGCCAUUAG